CUGUUUGUUAUUUGCAUUCACUGAAACAAACGAAUCGUGUAACUCGAAAUAAAAUUUAGCAAAUUCACAUUUCAUAUUUUUUUCUUGAUUUAAUUUAUUUGACGUUCUGAGGAAGAAAAAUUACAAUUAUUUGCAACAAAGAAUUAAUUAUUGUUCAAUUACUUAGUAAACGUGUUAUUAUUGUGAAAGUUAUUUUAACGCGUUCUUUUCAAUUUUUCGUUAGCAAAAUGUCACAAGCAAGAUUAGCGCCGUGCCUUCAGUUGCCUUUAGAAAACAAAACGUUAGUGAACGUGAUUGAGAAAGCCAAGGACUGGGCCCUCAUGCAUGGUGUUGGUAUGAGGGACAAGAAGCAUUUCAACAAAGACGUAAUUCAGAUUGCACCAUUUAUACUGUUACCGUCACCUUUUCCAAAGACCGAAUUUAUGAAGGCGGUUGAACUACAGCCAGUUUUGAAUGAACUCAUGCAUAAGGUCGCCCAUGAUGAUGAAUUCUUGGAGCAAACUUUGCAGAAUGCUCUACAAGUAGAUGAGUUCACAGCAAAUUUGUAUGACAUAUGGUUGAAAGUGAAAAACGAGGGCAUAUCUCAACCGAUAUCGCUAGGUAUGCUGCGUUCAGACAUCAUGCUGGAGUCAAGAUGUCCACACACAGAGAACCAAUGCGCGAAGCACACUCCGUACUGUUCCUGGAAGCAAGUGGAGAUUAACAGCAUCGCGUCAGGUUUCGGUCACCUAGGGCCGGUCUCACGCGAGAUACAGAGUUACAUCCUAAGGCAAUUAGGUCACGGCGAUCUGAUUAAGAAUAUGCCGGAAAACCGGGCAUUGUCCGGUUUAUGCUCUGGGAUCAUAGAAGCGUUCGAUUUGUUUGGCGUCCUCAACGCAGUGGUGCUGUUUGUUGUCGAGGAAGUGUCCUACAAUAUAUGCGACCAGAGGUUCCACGAGUUCGAGAUAUCGGAGAAACGGCCCGAGAUACAGAUUUAUAGAAAAACCUUAAACGAAAUUUACGAGGAGACCGAACUGAACGACAAGAAGCAACUGAUAUUGGACGGUCAUCCCGUAGCAGUCGUUUACUACAGAUCAGGGUACGAGCCGGCUCAGUACCCCACCGCAAGGGAAUGGGAUGCGAGAUUACGCGUCGAAAGAUCCACGGCCAUAAAAUGUCCAUCGAUCCACUACCAACUGGCGGGAACGAAGAAGGUCCAACAAGCCCUGGCCGGUCCCGGGGUGCUGGAGAAGUUCAUGGGCUCCGGGACGAGCACCUCUCGCGUCCGGGAUAUAUUCACGGGACUGUACUCGCUGGACUUCGACGAGAGCGGCGAGAGAGCAGUGGAGAUGGCACUGGCCGAUGCCGAGAGAUUCGUAUUGAAGCCUCAAAGGGAAGGUGGCGGGAAUAAUGUGUACGGUUCGGAAGUGAGGGACGCGUUGACUCGCAUGCGACACAGCCGGGAGCGAGCCGCGUACAUACUGAUGGAGAGGAUAUUGCCGCCUCUGGUAUCAGGGUACAUGAUAAGGCCGGGGGCGCCUGUCCCACCGCCGCUGGUAGAUCUCGUGUCGGAGCUCGGAAUAUUUGGGGUCAUUAUUGGUACGAAAGAGAAGAUCUACUGCAAUCGUCAGGUCGGUCACAUGUUGCGCACCAAACUAGCCGACGCUAACGAGGGCGGUGUCGCCGCCGGACUGGGCGCGCUAGACUCGCCCUAUCUACUAGACCUAUAACGAACGCCCGUACAAAUCAACUUAUAAAAACACUAGCUGUACCCGUCCGCUUCGCUGGGCAUUUAAAAUUAACAUUAUCAUUUCUCACCUCCACAAAGAUUCUCAUCAUUAACGCCCCCGCAACUGGUGUAGGGAGUCCAACACUCAUAUAAAUAUUAGCCUAUCCAUUAAGUACAUGUAUUUUCUACAUGUAUACCAAGUUUCAAGUCAAUCGGAUGCACGGUUCAGUAGUUAUAACGGAACAUCCGUAAAAACCACCGUAGAUUUAUAUAUAUUAGUAUAUAAAUCUACGGUGAGGUAUGAGGUCUUUUUGGGAGUUUCCGACGUAGGCAAUGUUGCUUUCAAAUUAUUAAACUAGAGGGCGCCACUGUUCUGUGAAGAAAAUAAGUAUUAGUUUGGUAUGAGGUUUGCAACAUUUGGUUUGUUACCCUAAUGCUGGGAUAAUUUCAAUAUACAGUCAAUAUACAGUUCUUCACAUACCACAGGUGGGAUUCGAUUUUUAUUACAGAUACAUUAUUGUAGAAUCAUAUAUUAAUAUAUGAUCAAGAUAUAAAUAGGAUAUGCCUUUUGCCAUUGCUUAUUAUUUUAAGCACCUAUUUAAAUUUCAAACUCAAUAAGUUUUAAUAAAUGGAUAAUAAAUUAGAUUUUCGAAAGAAAAUAGUCUUUACAUUUCUGUUUCUUUUUGGAGAUAUUUUGGCCUGGUAACUGAGACUUUUAAGCCAAUUCAUGUUUUAUAUGUAUUUUGAUAGUUACGGGUAAUAAAUUAAUUUCAUAAUACCCUCUCUGGUAAAUUUUUUCGAUAUGUCAAAUUUAAAGGAAUUUAUGUUACUUAGAUUGAUAAAAUAGAGAACUGAACGAAUAACUUGCCGCACAAUGUCGAUCAAACUUGCCCGUACACAAUUGUAAUACGAAUGACGUCAUUUGAGGCCAAAAUAAGCAAGAUAAACAUUAUGCAUCAAUAAACAAAUGAUUAAAAUUUAUGAAAAGAUUAGUCACAUGUCAUACGCAUUGCGACAUGUUUAGCUUGACGUUAUAAUUAUUAGAUUUUAAUUAUGUAGCGAUUUAAAACUGAAAAUGUUGAGAGGUGAAAAGCUAUUAGGUUCAAACGACAUUUCGCUUAACCCGCGACAUAUAACUUUGUAAUUAAAGGUGUGUUUUAUUUGAUAUUAGCAUCAACAGUUUGAUGUUUUUAAUAGAAUUUCAAUUAAGUUUACCCCAUUCAAAUACCUGAAGAUUUUUUUAUGUUAUGAUAUUUUUUUCAUAUUUUAAACUCUCAAAGGCUCUCUUGUAAAUUUGCAAAAAUGUCGAACAAAAUAGCUUUUCAUCUCAUAGUGUAUGACUGAUCAGAUUGAAUUCAAUAAAAUAUUUUGGGUUUUGAAUGAUAUUUGUGUCUGGUUAUCUAUUGAAUGAUUUCAAAUUUGAUUUAGAUAAAGAGCGUGUUGAAAAAUCACUUGGAGUGCUGAGUCCACAGUUGUAUGUCAUGGACCGUUUUCCAAUUACAGUACAAGAGCACAGAGCAAUUGGAAAACUACCAUUAAGUAAUGGUUAAUUACAGAGCAUAAUGCGACACAGUGACGCACAAUGCCGAAUUAUGCUGAAGCUUAGUUGAGCAUUAUGCCGCAUAAUGCGCUCUUGUGCUGUAAUUGGAAAACGGCCUAUGUAUCUGACUCUUUUAACAUUCUAAAGCAACAAGUACUUAUGUUUGUCGACUGAUUAUUGAUUGUUCUUGAAGUAUAUUUUAAAUUUGUGUAACUGCACUUUUAUAUUGAUUUGAAACAAAGUCUUUUACUUGGAACAGAAUUCGCUGGAGUUAUCUAAAAAGAUAUUUUAAAAUUUUAAUUAUUUUUGAAUAACAUUCCUUUUGUUAUUAUUAUUAUUAUUAUGUUAGGGUUUUUUUUUAUUAUAUUUCCUUUACUUUAGAUGAAUUUUAAUUUUACAUAGAGUUUAUUACUUAAUGAUAAAAAAUGGGCAAUUAUUAUACCAAAGUGGGAAUAAUAAAAUGACCGAGGAAAGACUAGAAUAGACGAUAAACUGAAAUAAUGUGUUACGAUAAUUUGGUGCUAAAUCGAACCGAUUUUGUAUAAUAAAAUUUAUAGUUUAAUAAAUGUUUGUAAUAAGUACAUA